CACUUACGUACUAGUUUUUUUUCUUAUGAAUUGGCAGCGUAGUCUUUGACCUUAACCAAUCUCUUGUGGAAAAAAUAAAAAAACUAUAUUCGUCUUUGUAAUACUCUAUAAUUUCUACAAUUUAUGACAAGCGUGGUAUAAUAAGAGUGAAGUUUAUUCAUAAUCCAACAAUUUUCUUCCUCAAAUAAAUAAUAAACCUUGAAAAUAAAUUCUUAAAUAUAAAUAAUCGGUGAAACACUAAACUAGAACACUAUAAAAAUGAAACAUUUGCGUUAAGUUUAGAAAUCUUGUAUUUAAAUUGAUCUCCAUUGAUAUAUAUAUUGUUCUCAGUUUACUAAUUUACCAUUAUGGCCCCAAGGAAGAUAAAUUCAAAAAUUCCCAUUGAUGCUCCACCUGUCAGGAAAACAAGAGGACGAACCCCGAAAAUCCAAAGUCCUCCGACGGUUGAAAUGCAAAUUCCUGUUCAACGAAGUGUUUAUUUCACUCGAAAACGGACCAAAAAAAGCAAUUUAAGUGUGGAGAAGCAAAUCGAGUUGGCUAAUGAAGUCAUUCAAACACAGCUGGGAAAAAAAGUAAAUAAUGUUCCAAAUGUAACUGAAAAACCAAUAGAGAUUAUUAUCAAUAAUAUACCUGUUCAGAAUGAUAAUGAAGUCGACGACAAGGCACCUGUCAAAAAACUAGUCAGAAAGAGAGCUAACACUAACACGGAAACAAUACCUAAACCCACAAUAUCUCGUAAAAGGGCAGCAGAUUCGACACAACAACCGGCAAAACGACGCAAAGUUUGCGAAAAAAAUACGGUGUCGCAAAACACGGUGCCGCAAAAUACGGCGCCACAAAAUACGGCGCCACAAAAACCUGAAAAAGAGACAAAACCAAGCGCCUCUGCCAAAGGGAAUAUAACACGAAAGAAGAGAACAAUUCAAGGUAAGAAAAAAAAUGACGUUGAUGUCGUUCAAAAAUGUCUGCCGGCUUUGGACGAACCUGUCGAAAUUAAAGAAGUCUUCAAACCCAUCGCAGCCGUCAUUGACUCUCGCAAGACUUCUGCUACGAGCGUCUCAAACUUCUCGUGGACCAAAGAUAUUUCCAGCUCUAGCACUACCACGUGUGUUACGGUCGCCACCAACGACUUCGUGCGCAUAGACAACAAAAUACCUGUCAUACAACUAACCAGUGUCGACAGCGAGCUACCGAAAUACCAAAGGUGCGAAAGUGAGGAGAGUAGCUCCGAAUCGGACAGUUCGUCCAGUUCGGAUUCCGUCACGAAUGUUUCCAUGGACGUACCGACCGUCAGUUUGAAUUUAAGCACGUCAUCCCCUUCCAUUUGUCAAGGUAACCCGGACUGUAACCCCAAAAGUGACUCAUUAUUAAUGGAAAUGACAAAAGCGUUAGUUAAGUUAUCUUUUUAUUUGAAUAAACUCGACGAAAAAAUCGCGAAAUGGAUAGGUUACGGCAAAAACUUAAACGACAAUAAGAAAAAGCUUAACGAUUUAAUAUUAACGGUUCUUGACCAAGAACGGGAUAUGGUCGGAAGUUGUCGAAAUAUAAUACAAAUAUUUUCGCGUGCACAACCCGAUAAUGUAGAAACAGACGAAGAGACUAAUUCAGUUGUCGCUUAUAACUUGAAUGCGUCAUAUGACGACGACAACCCAAUAACAAAAGACAAUGUACUUUUAAACGAAAACGUAGAAUACCCGCGCUCGCCGAGAUCUCCGAGUACUACUUACGACAGCGACUACGCGAUAGAUAACUUUAACUACGUGCCGUUCCAGCAAAACAAUGACGACGACGAUGCUCUGUCGUUGUUCGCGGAGAGUAUAACCGGCAUCGAACCGUCCAGAACAAACAAUUCAUGUGAAUCCCCCGACGCUGCUGAUGUGCAGGACGAAGAAUACGUUCCGCUGCCUUUGAACAAAGAUACGUCGUCGGAAAAAUACGACUAUUGUCCCACCAAGGUCACGAGGCCAGAUGCAGCUGUCAAAAGGAACGUGUGCGAGAAACAGAAUGCGGAUUCGACGUCCAUUUACAAAGAGGGUAAUGUGAACAAUAUUAUGGCCCAUAACGACGUCGGGGAAUGUGUCAGCGAUCCAUCGGCCAGUGGCAACGAUCAGCGGGAGGAGGAGCUGGAGGAGGGACAGCUGGCUGAGCCGGACAACCGGAAGGAAUUCCCAAACCAAAUCGGGCCACCGCAAAUCACGUCUAUAUUCCAACCAGUGUCGUGGAAAAGAACUGCAAUCUUCAGAGGCUUGUGUUUUUUUAAUUUGACGAAUGCGUGUAAGAAGCAGCCGUAUUGCCCUUUCCUGCACGUGGUGCCUAGUCCUUCGCAAGUCAAAGCUCGCUUGGCAAGUCUGAGCGAGGGAAUGUUCAUAAAGGAGUAUAUAUAUCUGAGUUCGCACCCUAUGCUUCGUCGCAGUUUCGGUUUUUAUUUUGUGGCAGAAUGUCAUAGGCGCGGUUUGCUGAGGAUCCUUGUUGAGAUGGCGAUAGAUUUCGUUGUGAACGUCACUGUUAAGACCAAGGAGGACUUAGAAUACCAGUUGUCGACGUUAGAGUAUAUUCUGUUGGGUUUAAAUGAUGUUGGGCUUUCGGUGUGCGAGGAUCUGUUGAACUACCCGGUGGACGGCGACACGCGCCUGUGUCACGUGUUGAUGCGCAUCAUCGCUAACUCGCAGAACUUUUCGCGUUUCAAACAAGUGUUUCUGAACCUAAACAACUUGAUGGUGCGGCACAAUCGGACUUUUGAUUCGGAUGUAGCCGCACAAAUACUGGAGAGAGUGUGCAUUCUGCCCGACGAAGAGAGGCUCUUGCGUGCAGUUUUUGAUAUGAUUAAACAUACGGAUACGUGUAUAUUUGCUAAUAGUCUGAUGUGUAAGUUCGAAACUCGAUUAAGGACGGUAAACUAUGCGAUGUAUGAAGAACUAAUGGCGUAUAAAAAUGAUAAUUUCAAUACAUCUGCGGUGUCAAGUCCGUUUUCAGUGACGCCGGCUAAAGGAGAAAAUUUAGAGCCAUUAAAAAUAAAUUGUAUUAAUGAUGUUGAAAAAGAGAGAUAUACUUCUCCGGACACCACAAAAGCCGAUACUUUGCAAAACAAACCGUCGCUCGACACAUCAAUAACCAGGGCAGUGAAUUUAACAAGAACGUGUUAUAAUAAUCAAUUUAGUUCUACACCCACUAAACAUAACGGCGAGAAUUGGUUGAACAAUGAUUUCCGUAACUGGAGGCAGUCGUCACCUAGGGCGCCUGUGCCGUUAAUGGCCUUACCCCACACUAGGCCCAUGAGGCCGAGGAAUGGCCGGCGGGUCAAAAUGCACCGGAUGGGGCCUAUUAAUUUUCGUCCGAGGCCGCCUCGAAACUUCUAAUGCCUGUUUAUUAUUGGUUAAGAUUUAUAUUAAGUUAGUAAUAAGAAAUGUACAGUAUAUUGUACCAAAGUUAUAUUCAGUUGUGUUGAUAAACAUCGGACAUGCACCAAUUGGUAUAGGAUGAAAACUGCAUCAUAUCAGCUUAUAGCUAUUUUGUAAUACCAAGUGAAAAACCAAGAGCAUACUUUUGUAGUAUUUUAAAAUAUAGUACUGUUAUCGAACUAGUAGCUUUUGCCCCAAGUUUUGCACGCGUAAAUAUACCAAGUGAAUGGUAUAAAUUUUACAAAUUUUUAUCUGACUUCGCAUUUAUGGCAAUAUUUUUUAUGGAGGAUGAUUUCAAGAGACUAUAAUGUUAGACUCAUAAAAUGAGAUUAACAGACGGGCAGUUACUUUUGCAUUUAUAUUUUAAGUAUAGACAAUAUGUUAAGUACGCUAUGCUCGCGUAGCAGUUGAUUAUUGAGUUCGACAAGAAAUUUUUAGUGCCUUAAAUUGUAAUGAUUGUCAUUAAAAUAAAAACCAAUUUAUAUUUGAGUAAAGUAUACGUAAUGAAUAAUUUUUAUAAUAAAAAAAAACAUUGAUAUUUGUACUGCAAAUAUGUCACGCGACGUGUUUUAUUGGCCGUAUUCCUGUUGCGCACGUUUUGACACGCCAGGUGUGUGCCGUCGUAGGGCAACGUGAAUGGAAAACACGUUUAACGUGUUAACGCGUAGUUUGAGUUUUAACGUUAACAAUAACCGGUGCUAAACCUCUUUUAACAUAAAUUCGAUGUAGAUGUGUUUAUAACAGGAACUAACACUUUUUGACAGUUCGAUUUUUAUCAACACAGGAGGAAUCUCAAUUGCCAUACUCUAAAAGAAUCAUUGUGAUUUAAACUUGCCAACUUAUUUUCAAGAAUCGUAGACAAUGCAAAAUCAAAGCAUAAUCUUCUGUUUUCACGAAUUAAUUUGAUACUCCCUAGACUAGGUAUUACUCAAUGGAGUUUACAGAUGUUACCCACGUUUUACGUAACUUUUAUGACAUGCUUACGCGAUAAAUAACAAUGAUUUUAAUGUUUUUUACUUCUCAAACCUGCACAUUCAUAAAGAUAACGCAAAAUGGACGUCCUUAUUAGCAUUCGAUUCAUUUGCGCAACCUGUAAGUUCCACUGGGAAGAACUUAUAUAUCAAUCCAGGACGUGGUCCGUGCAUGGGCGUCGCUAGUUUCCAACUCGAGAGGGCAAAACGCAAAUUUUUGAUCCAGGGAGAUCAGUGUUUUUUAUUUUUUUAUUGCUUUAAAUGAGGAGACGAGCUUGCCUGAUGGUAAGCGAUACGACCGCUCAUAAACAGUAGCAACACCAUCCAACACCUUGAAUUACAAAGUAUUGUUUGGUAUUCCACUGCGCUCGUCAUCUUGAGACAUGAGAUUUUAAGUUUUAUUAUGUCCAGUAGUUACACUGGCUACAAUGUCCUUCAAACCGGGACACAACAGUGACUACACACUGCUGCUUGACGGCAGAAAUAGACAUUAUGAUGGUACCUAUACCUACCACCAGUAAAAAUUUGGAUAUAGGUUAAUAAUUACAUUAAUUGAACACAAGUAAAUACGAAGUUAUGUACUUGUGUUGAACUUUGAGAGAAGGGGAGGGGUGCGGUAACUCCCCCCUGCUUCCCCUGGCGACGCCCGUGGCCGUCUGUGUGCCAAAUUUCUGACAAACAUUUUACUUCUAACAAACAUCCAAACAUCUCAAAAAAUAUUAUUACUACUGGUUAUUGAAAAUACCAAGUUGGCAGGUGUGCUUAAUAAAUGUACAGAUGUAUAUAAAUUAACAACUAAGUCUAGGUAUCUGUGUGAUAUAGGUGCCUAACUAUAAGAAUUUAGUUUGGAAAAUUGUUUGCGUAAGUUUUUUGUAUUAUUUUUCUACUGCGUAAAUAAUUGUUACAUAAAAAUGUUUUAUCCAGAACUCUGCCAAACAUGCAUUUAUGUUAUUUAGUUUGUUAUAAAAAAUCGUUUUUUUUUAUUGUAACGUCACACGCCAUUAGGACAAAAAUCGGAAUGGAAAUAUCGAUAUUUGAGAUUUUUCAUUACAUUUAUAUCGAUAAAACAAAAAGACUAUCUGCUGACAUUGUUGUGAUUGCAUGUGGAUAGCCUCAAAUUUUAAAUCACCUAUACACAAAUAAAAUAAAUCUUUCAACAGUUUAUUAAGAGACGACAAUAGCAUACAUGUGGUUUGAAAUUUUGGGUUUGUUCAGAUUUUUUUAUGGCUGACUUCAAUCAUAAAUUAAACAAUCAGAAACAAUAGUUUGGUUAUGAUCAAAUUGCUUUUUUUUUUAAAUCAAGCCAUCCUCGACGAAAAUCUAUAGGCAGCUGUGAUACUCCGCAUUUACUUGAUGGCAUGUGAUUUUAUUGUCGAUAAAUCUGUAAUUUUUUUGUUUUACCACUGAGAAAUUGAAGACUAUUUCCUAUUUUACGUGAGUAUCGAUGCUUUAAGAUCUAAGUAAAUCUAAAAAAAAGUGCGAGACACUAAAAUAAUGCCGUAAAAAUCCAAUUACAUUGACACAAGACAAAAAACAAGUCGAUAAAACAUAUUAUAUGUUAAUAAAUCUCUUAUUUUUCUUGGAAAGUAUUGUAAUUUUAUUUAACCGUCCAGUAUAUUCUACAUAACUAUAAAGUAGGGCGCACACUACGAUAUUUAAAAAUACCAACCAUUUGCAGGGAAGCCAAGAUUCGAUAAUAUUAACUACCUACAUAUUAUAACUUGAUCAAUUUCAGUCUGUUAUACACCUCACCGUAACGCAAGACAAGAGGCGUGUGACCCGUCUCCCCCGUGUCUAUCCCGGGCUUACCCUAUAUGUAACACAAAAUAAAGUUUAAUAUUUUUCAGUUAGAUUGUAAAUUUAAUGAUUAGUUUUGGGACACGCUAACGUUUUGUGCAAACAAAACAAACAGAGAACCCAAUAGUUUUACGUUGUUACCUAUUUCGCGUUUUCCGGAUAUAUUUUCCAAAAAUAUUUAAUGAAUAGACACGGAAAAUCUACAUGUGUAUAUCUUUUACGUUGUAAUUUGAAGGUCAAAGAAAUAAAACAUUAUUUAAAAACUAAUUUAUUUCCAUAAUUAAUUCCUUACUCCUUUGAAUAUCACUUUAGUUUUUGAUACAGAUGACUGGUACGUAGGUGAUACAGGGUCAUUUUGAAAUUGCGUUCCUAAAUUAAUUGCAUACUUAUCUUGUUACAAUACUUAUAAGUUACUCGAACCGUAAGUGUAAAACUAUUGUAUUUAUGUCGAAUGCCGAGGGUUAAUCAUCUCUCGUCAGUCGACAUUCCAUUGGACCCCACUCCACUGAAAAUCAGGUGCAGUAUAAAAAAAAAUGUGUAAGCUCCGAAAGAAAUUAAUAACCCUAAAAAGAUAUUUAAUUUUACGCGCCCUAAUCCCACAUUAUGUAUUCUAAAAGAAUUCAUCGCAACGGCAACAUCACACUUCCAAUCAAAAAUACACUCAUGCGCACGCUAAAUUCGAAAUUUAAAAAAUGUUUAAAGAAAUAAGAAAAUAAACUGCGACGUUUUUUGAAAAUUUGAUUAUUUUUGCCACAAUAUUAGCAGAGGUAAAGACGAGUAUGUGGUUUCAUUUAUUAACGCAAUGCCAAAUUGAGCCUGUAUAGCGUAGCAAAUAGCAAUAAAUUGUGGCGCCCGCUUAGUCUUACCCUAUGUUUAAAACCUAUAUAAGUGCAGAAACGAAAAAAAUAUGUAGAGUAUAACAAGACAGUCGUUAAACAUAAGAAAUGAAAUGUCUUGUUUGAAAAUUGACAUUAUUUUUAGUGAUACUACGAGUAAGUGAUGGUUAGAAUAUAAGUUUGUUUUUUUUUAUUGUUGUAAGACCGAUCUGUGUAUUUUUUUUUAUAAUAUUAAUGUUGAUGUUCCUUUUCGCAUAUUCACUCACACUGGAUUUUUUUUGUUAUCCAAAACGCGUUGCAAAUUAUUUUUAGAUAUUUCGUCUUGAAUUGUUUCGAAAAUGUUACCAUGUUUGAGCGUGAUACUCAAAUUCUAAAUGUGUCUGAAAUGAUUUUUAUUUUCUUUAUAGUAUUGAUUGUAGGUGCCUAUAAUACAGCAGUGUGGGCGGAUGUGUUUCGUUUUAAAAACGAAUAACAAGUGGAUUUUUCAUAUUGUAUUUAUAAGUAAAUAUCAUUUGUCAGACUUCCCUAACAUUUUAAAUAUUUAUGCAAUCCCACAAUAUCGUCUAACUUUUGAUACAAAUUUGAAAUAAAAAGUAUAACUUGCAGCAUAUAUGAAUGGCAGUUAAAAUCGAUAGAAUUAGAUGGAAUGUUGCAUGCAUCCUAUUUCAAUUAAUUUAACGUUUUAUUUGUUUAGUUCACACCGAAUUGUCAGAUUGAAAGUUAUAGUCAUUCUUCAGUGAUUUAUUAUGAUCUACGUACAAUUGUUUCUCCAAUGGUGACAA